CCAGGGCAAUCACACGCCAGGCGGAUCCCGGCUCCUCCACACUCACACAACGCACUCCACCCGGGCCGGAGGAAGCGACGAUGCCUCCUAGGAGGUGACCACGGCUGAAUCCUUAGCCACAUUUCCCUGAAUAUGGAAUCCAAAUCUAUUCAUAUAGGAUAGACUGAGCCUUUAAAAUGGGGUUUAUUUCCAAGCCGGCGACGAGGUGAGGCGAAAGCGGCGGCCGCGGUGGAAGCCCAAGAUAGAAAGCGCUUUAUUGAGAGGAGCUGGGAGGGAGGGAGACCGCGACGCUCUCCCGUCUAAGAGGAUAAAGGGAAAAGGAAAAAAAGCGAAACUGAGCUAUAUUUAAGCGGGCUGUUUCGGGCCAACCUUCCGUGCUACCAUGAGCAGCAGCAGCGGGCCGGAUGAGAGCUCGGUGCGCGUCGCCCUGAGGAUUCGUCCUCAGCUGCCCAAAGAGAAGAUAGAGGGCUGUCACAUCUGUACGUAUGUGAUGCCAGGAGAACCCCAAGUGGUCCUGGGCAAGGACAAGGCCUUCACCUAUGAUUAUGUCUUCGAUAUGGACACCCAGCAGGAGGCAAUCUACACCCACUGCACCGAGAGGCUGAUCGAGGGUUGCUUUGAGGGCUACAACGCCACAAUCUUUGCAUAUGGACAGACGGGUUCGGGGAAGACGUACACCAUGGGAACUGGCUUCGAUGUCAACAUCGGAGAGGAUGAGCUGGGCAUCAUUCCCCGGGCCGUGAACCACCUGUUCAGAGGAAUCGAGGAGCGCAGACAGGCCGCCACCGAGCAGGGCAGGCCUGUUCCUGAGUUCAAGAUCAAUGCACAGUUCCUGGAGCUUUACAACGAGGAGGUGCUCGAUUUGUUCGACACAACUCGAGACCUCGAGGUCAGGAAGCAGAAAUCCAACAUCAAAAUCCACGAGGACGCCAAUGGAGGCAUCUACACGGUGGGGGUCACCACCCGUACCGUCACCUCUGCAGCCGAGAUGAUUCAGUGUCUGAAGCUGGGCGCUCUGUCUCGCACCACCGCCAGCACCCAGAUGAACGUCCAGAGUUCACGCUCCCAUGCCAUCUUCACCAUCCACUUGUGCCAAGUGCGAGUCUGCUCCCCUGAUAACAAUGAUAACGCGACGGAUAACCGUCUGGCUAACGACUCAGAGAUCGAUGAGUUUGAGACUCUGACGGCCAAGUUCCACUUUGUGGACCUGGCGGGUUCUGAGAGAUUAAAGAGAACUGGAGCUACAGGAGACAGAGCAAAAGAGGGCAUCUCCAUCAACUGUGGGCUGCUCGCCCUGGGAAAUGUCAUCAGUGCUCUUGGAGACAGGAGUAAGCGCUCCACUCACGUGCCUUACAGAGACUCCAAACUGACCCGGCUGUUACAGGACUCACUAGGUGGCAACAGUCAAACUGUGAUGAUCGCCUGCAUCAGCCCGUCAGACAGGGACUUCAUGGAGACCUUGAACACACUAAAAUACGCCAACCGGGCCCGGAACAUCAAGAACAAGGUGAUGGUGAACCAGGAUAGGGCCAGUCAGCAGAUCAGCGCCCUGAGGACAGAGAUAGCACGACUGCAGAUGGAGCUGAUGGAGUACAAGACUGGAAAGCGCAUGGUGGGUGAAGAUGGCAUGGAGGGCAUCAACGACCUGGUCCAUGAAAACUCCAUGCUGCAGACGGAGAAUAACAACCUGAGAGUGAGAGUGAAGGCCAUGCAGGAGACCAUUGAUGCCCAGAGAGCCCGACUCACUCAGAUCCUCAGUGACCAGGCAAACCAGGCCCUCGCCAAAGCAGGUGAAGGUAACGAAGAAAUCGGCAACAUGAUUCAGAACUACAUCAAAGAAAUCGAGGAGCUCAGAGCCAAACUUCUGGAGAGCGAGGCCGUGAACGAGAACCUCAGGAAGAAUCUGUCCCGGGCCUCCACUCGUUCCUCGCUGUACGGCGGCCCCACCCUCCUCGCUCCAGGGAAGGAGGCCAGGGACGUCAUCGAGAUGGCCAAGAAAGACCUGGAGAAACUCAAGAAGAAGGAGAAAAAGAAGAAAAAGAGACUGAGGCAGUACGAAGAGAAUCACCAUCAUGAGCUUGAGGACGCCAGUGUUGUCAAAGAGGAGCUGCCGGACAACGAUCAGGAACGAGGAAACGAGGAGGCAGAGGUGGAGGGCAGCGACCACGAAGAGGGCGAGGAUGCUGAUGGAGAAGAAGAGGACUUUGAGAUGGCGGGAGAGGAGACAUCCGAGGAGUCUGACUCUGAAGAACUGGAUGAGAAAGAAAACGUUCAGGCCGACCUGGCCAACAUCACCUGUGAGAUCGCCAUCAAGCAGAAACUGAUCGAUGAGUUGGAGAACAGCCAGCGGCGUCUGCACACUCUCAAACAGCAGUAUGAACAGAAGCUGAUGAUGCUGCAGAACAAGAUCAGAGACACGCAGCUGGAGAGGGACAAAGUGCUGCACAAUAUGGGUUCAGUGGAGUCCGGUACGGAGGAAAAGGCCAAACGGAUCAAAGCCGAGUAUGAGAGGAAGCUGAGCUCCAUGAACAAAGAGCUGCAGAAGCUCCAGUCAGCCCAGAAGGAGCACGCCCGCCUGCUGAAGAACCAGUCGCAGUAUGAGAAGCAGCUCAAGAAACUCCAGCAGGAUGUGACCGAGAUGAAGAAAACCAAAGUGGCACUGAUGCGCCAGAUGAAGGAGCAGCAGGAGAGGAACAGGGCCACAGAGUGCAGGAGGAACAGAGAGAUAGCCUCGCUGAAAAAAGACCAGCGCAGAGCUGAGCACCAGCUGAGGCAGCUCGAGGCCCAGAAGAGACAGCAGGAGCUGAUCCUCCGUCGGAAGAAUGAAGAGGUGACCGCGCUUAGGCGCCAGGUGAGGCCUGUGUCCGGAAAGGUGAGCAGGAAAGUAAGCCUACCUGAACCUCCUCAGGAACCCUCUCAUAGAGCAGUCCCAGGACGCCUGCAGUCCUCUAGUGCAAGCUCUUCCAACGGAGCCAGGAGUUCCCCAGUGCGGAUGGGAAGUAUUUACCUCAGCAGAUCAGCCAGGGCUAAGUGGCAGUCACUGGAGAGACGCAUCAAUGACAUCAUCAUGCAGAGGAUGACCAUCUCUAACAUGGAGACAGAUAUGAACCGACUACUGAAGCAACGUGAGGAGCUGACUAGACGACGUGAGCGAGUGUCUAGGAAAAGAGAAAAAUCGGCAGUAGACGGUGCAGACGCCGACCGCUCCCUGGCGUCUCUGAACGAGGAGCUGGAGUCCCUCAGCGCCAACAUCGACUACAUCAACGACAGCAUCGCCGACUGCCAGGCCAACAUCAUGCAGAUGGAGGAGGCCAAGGAGGAAGGAGACACCGUGGAUGCUGCUGCUGUCAUCAGUUCCUGUAACCUAUCAGAGGCCCGCUUCCUACUUGACCAUUUCAUGACUAUGGCCAUUAAUAAGGGUCUGCAGGCGGCUCAAAAGGACUCCCAGCUGAAGGUGAUGGAGGGCAGGCUGAAGCAGACCGAGAUCAACAGCGCCACGCAGAACCAGUUGCUCUUCCACAUGCUCAAGGAGAAGGCUGAGAUCAACCCGGAGCUGGACGCCUUGCUGGGCAGCGCUUUGCAAGAGUUAGGUUACCUGUCUCCAGAGAACGGAGAUGACAGCAGUAGUGAUGAAUCCACCCCCAGUCCAGCCACAGAGGGCAGCACACUGGCAUCAGAUUUAAUGAAGAUGUGCGGCGAAUCCAGACCAAGAAGCAAGGCUCGAAGGCGAACCACCACCCAGAUGGAAUUGCUUUAUGCCAGCAGUGGAGAUUUGUCCUGUGAAUCUCCCACUGGAGACUUUUCAGCCCCUCUGCUGCCCCUCGCUGAGCGCCUGGAAGGACCGGCAGACAUGCAGGGUCAAGCGGUUGGUCAAACCGCUGACCGUGAGCAAACUGUUUCCCCAUCUGUGCUGUCUGCCAGGCCAGCUGCCAUUUCCAGAUCCAGAUCACCUACAGGAGCUGAGAGGAAGCAAGUGGAGCGCUCGCCGCUCAGCCGCAGGAAGAUGCACGAGAAAGGAGGCGUGGCGUCGCAGAUCCCAGGACCUGUACACGCAGCUCCAGUUAGCACAGCAGAAACUAAAACCAAAGGCAGUGACUACAAAUCCCUGCUGGAGGACUUGCCUGUGUUUGAAGGCCACAGGGGUGUCAUCAACCCUGUAACAAGCCCCAAGAACAGUCGGGGGGGCAAACUUCAGUGUGUUUAUGUAGCUGAGGGCCACACCAAGCCUGUUCUCUGUGUAGACGCCACUGAUGACCUGCUGUUCACAGGGUCUAAAGACCGGACAUGUAAGGUCUGGAACUUGGUGACAGGUCAGGAGAUCAUGUCUUUGGCUGAUCAUCCCAGCAGUGUCGUCUCAGUCAGGUACACUUCCAGCCUUGUCUUCACCGUUUCCACUGCUUACAUCAAAGUUUGGGACAUACGAGACUCUGCCAAGUGUAUCCGCACACUCACGUCGUCGGGACAGGUGGGCUCAGGAGACACCUGUUCUUCUGCUCGGAGUUUAUCCAUCCCACCUGGAGAGAGUCAGAUCAAUCAGAUUACUCUCAACCACACUGGCUCCUUCCUGUAUGCUGCUGCUGGCAAUGCUGUCCGCAUGUGGGACCUCCGCAAAUUUGUAUCUACGGGGAAGCUGACUGGCCAUCUGGGGCCUGUUAUGUGUCUGACAGUCGAAAAGUUGGGCAACGGGCAGGACCUGGUGCUCACCGGCUCCAAAGACCAUCAUAUUAAAAUGUUUGAGGUGACAGAGGGUGCUCAGGGUAGCAUCACCUCCUGCCAUACGUUUGACCCUGUCCAUCAGGACAGCGUGGAGUCUCUCACUGUCCAUGGAGACUUUUUCUACAGCAGCUCCAGAGACUAUUAUAUUAAAAAGUGGGACUUGGCCAGUAAGAAACUGUUACAGUCGGUCAAUGCCAAGGCAGACUGGGUUAGCGCUCUGGGCGUGGUGCCAGGCUCCCCGGUUCUGCUCAGUGGGUGCAGAGGAGGGCUGCUGCGCCUUUGGCACACUGACUCGCUAGCACCCCUCGGUGAGGUCCAAGGACACGACAGUCCGAUCAACGGCCUGGCUACUAACAGCAGCCAACUGUUCACUGCCUCUGAUGACCGAACUGUGAAGAUUUGGGAAGCCAAAGGCUCUCUGGAGGAUGGAAUUUAAUGACUGCUGGAUUUAAUGACACAGGAUUGUCCACUGGCCAUCAGUCAGUCAACAUGAAUCAUUUGCAAAGUUUCUAUAACAUCUUCGACUUGAGAAAUUACUGACUGGGAAACCCAGAGAGGGUCCCAGAUCAAUAGGUAUGGCAGGAUAGGCCCAGAAUAACCUUAAAACAUCCCUGAUUCUUCACUUGGAAUAGUUUCAGGGAAAUCAUUCUUUCCAGCUGAGUAGCGUUACUGACAUUUUAGGUCAAAAUAUCAUCCGUGAACCUCUCAAGCUCCUAUAAUCAUAGAACUGCUUCAGUUGCCAGCUCAUUUCAUAGCUGUGACAGUAAUAGAGUGAAAAGAAAAGUAUGGAUUUAUUGAUCCAGGAGUUUGUGGUGUAUUCAACAUUCCUUGUCAGUUCAAUGCAAGACAACAUGGAUACUGUCUAUGCAUAUUAUUCAUUUUUGCCAGAGCUACUAAGAAAAAGGAAAACAUUAAAUUAUUUGCUUCAUUGCACCAAUUUUUCUUCAUCAAAACCAAGACUGCUGAAAAAGUCUGUGUCCCAAGACAAGACACGGAAAUAUUUAUACUCCAGCAAUAACUGUGAGUCUGUUCUUUUUGUUCACAUGAUGGGUAGUGUAUUGUGUCUUUCUGGCAUUGUUGUUCUGGUCUCUUUAUGUAUGCAUGUGUUCUCAGUUACCAAGGACCAACUGAAGCUGCAUAUGGUCUUAAUAUUGAGCUGUUACUGCCAAACCCAUCAGAUUAAAGUAGAGGCCUCAAAAUAAGGCAUACACCAUGCUCCUUUAACACAGUUCUUAUACAGUCCAAGGCUUAGUCAGGAUUAAACUUAAAAUUAAAAAAGCACUAUUCCUACAUUACAUAUUGCCUUAAAAAGCAGAGAGUAUUAUCUGCUGAAACAUUACCUUUGAAAAAGGCUAUUUUGUCAGACAUAACAGCAAAAUACAUUUUAAAACCCAUAAUAAUUCAAAGUGUAGUGUAAUAUUUUUAAAUAACAAUAUAAAUCCAUAAUUCUAAAAAUCUGAACCACAUAAAAUAAAGUUAACUUUCCUAGCUUAAAAGGCUAACAGUACCUGCUAGGCAGGUUAGCUUUUAGCUAGUUUAGCUGAUACUUUUCACGGUGACCAGAAAACAUAUACUGCCCUGUCUUUCUGUAAAGAGACAGCUCAAUUAUGAAACUACUUGAACAUUAAAUUAUAUUUAAAAUUCAAAAACAGACGGAAAAAUAUGCUAGCUAGCUAGCAGCACAUCUAUUAUUUAUUGCAUUUGUCCGCACAUUGAUUCUGCGUGUGGCCAAACACUUACUAAAUGUUAGAUUGUGAUCAUUUUUGAAUGCGUAUGUUAGCACGUUAGGACCGUGUUUUAAAAAAGAAACUCUUCUGUAAUUUUUUAAAACCUGAGCGGGAUAACCAUUUAAGGACAGGUAAUAAUGAACAUUUGUUCACAUUUCCCACUGAACAGCUUUUUCCGAUUAUAGUCGGCCAUCAGCUCGGUUUCUCAAUCCUCUGGUUGAUGCUUUUUUCGAAAGCAUCUCUUGGUCUUUUACUUUGUACUUCCCGUUAUUUUUACACGUUAAGGUAAUCCACUGAGCGUAAUUCUCUGCCCGUCUUCGAUAGUUGUACGACACUUGCACAGCUGAAGCACUGCUCUGGCAGCAAGUGCUUUUAUGAAACAUUCGUCAUAUGCCAUGCGCAGUCCUGAUUUACAGUCAGUGAUUGUAAAUCAUUCAUCUUGAUCGACUCAAGCACCUUGUAAUUCCCAAGUCAUGUAAUACGGUAUGAGUUAGUCUUGUGAAAGCAUUUCUUCUUCAAGUGUGUGUAUGUGCAUGUUUUUCCAACCAAAUUGUGACAGUUUCUUGUAUAUUACUGUUCAUCUCUGCUGUUUUAGUACCUGUAAACUGCACAUGUGCUGCAAUUAAGCAUUUGAAAAGAACAUUCAAUCUGUCAAAUGUGUAAAAAUGCUACGACUAUUUAUUUAUUUUUUCUCAGAUUUUUCUGGUGUCUUAAAGAAGACUGUUGUCUUAUCCACUGAAAGUUUUUGAACUCUUUCCAUCUGACACCUCUGUUAUCUUGCUGUUGUAGACGACUGACUCCAUAUACAGAGGUAUUACCAGUGCCUGUAAUUAAUCCUGAACUGUAUGCAGUGACUGAGAAAUCACUACCUGAUAAAUGUUGGCUAUCCCUCAUUAAAAAGAUUAGGUAAACAUUUGCUCCUGAACUACUCUAUCACAAGUAUCCGUUAAAUAAAUUUGCUGCUCUUACUGGGAUACACGAGGUAGAAGUUGUUAGCAAAGGUAAAGUCAAUGGGACUCAGGUAAUUGCACUGAAAAAUCUUUUUAUUUUGUGAGUUGAAUUGACUUUCCCUCUGUCUCACAAGAAAGAGUUUAAAUCGAGUACAGGAAUUGGUUUUCAGUCCCAUUGAUUAAAUACAGCUCAUCUGGUUUCUAGGGGAUUAAGUGUUCCUAGGCUGUUUAAAUCGGAAUUAUCCUUCUAAUUGUAAUAUUAUAUUUUGAAAUGUGGCUGUAAAUUUCCUCUUGUGUAAAUACGCCGUUUCAUUCCUGCUGAUUCUCUUGUGUACAAUUUUAAGUGAUUAAAAGAUCGGUUGCAGCGUGGAAAUAAAUUUUAAUAUUGAAAGUU